AUACGCAGUUUCCGCACUUCGACAAAAUGAAAAAUGACCAAAUCGGUGCGUCCUCGAAUCGAGACUCGUUUUUUGACUGGAAAUUUACAGGAAAAGUCUUGGGCUAUUUAUCCAUUAUUUUGAGCAUCGUGAUAGGUGUUUAUUUUCCACCAUUAUGUUGGAAAUUUGAUUGUAAAAAAUUUGCCAUCGCUGUGAUUGUAAUGUCGAUUGCGAGCUUGGUAGCCAGCGUCAUUUGGCUCAUCUCAAUUUAUUUGAAAAAGCCAAUUUUUGCACUAUUUGCAAUAAUACUGUGGACCAUACCGACAAGCACUUGCACCGUUUCUGCCCUAUCGUACACGCUGUACUAUACGUUGUACAUGAUUUACGACCGAGAAUACUGGCAUGGUCUCAUCGGAAUGCUGAAGGGAUUAGUUUCUGAAGUGGUUUCUGUCACCUUCUAUUCGAUAGCGAUUUUGGUUUACAUAUCGAUGAGAGAAUUCAAUCGCAACAUAUCAAAAUCAGAUCAAGGAAGACUUGAUGUGGUGUAUACAGCAGCGCCAGCCGAAGAUGGGAUUCGAUAUUGUGAUUUGAUUGCAACGACCAGAGACUAUGCAUGCAAUCAAGUUUAACGAAUCAACUCCAAGUAUUUGUGUAACAUGUAGAAAUUGCAAUUUUUCGAUGCACAGAGAAACACACAGAGAGAGAGAGAGAGUGAUGCUCUCUCCGGUUUUCUCAACAAUGUUUAUGUUGUUGUAUAGAACGAUGUUUUCGCGACACGAUAUUUUUGUUAUAAAAGAACUGAACAGUAGAAAUAUAUUUUGACAUGUAUGAAAUGUUGGAUUUCCAUUUGUCGAAAUAAAAUAUGUUUCAAACUUUGAAUGCGGAACAUUUUGUAUGCAUUUUUCUUUCAUUCACUUUCUGUCCAUCUAGAAUGAGUGGAGAAUUUCCCUUUACAACGUUUCUCUUUUCUUUAUUUUCUUCUUUUGUUCGCGUUUUUUCUAUACAUGACUGCACUUGAAGCAUUGAAAACGUGCAAUAUGACGUAUUUGGCACGUGUCGUUCUACUUCCUUCUCCAGCUGACGCAUGCAAUUCUGUUUCAAUAGCCUAGAAACUGCACGACGUGCCAUGCGUCAGUGUCACGAUUGCAAUGGCGCUUCACCAGCAUCAUUCAGCUGCCACACUUCGUUGACCUUGAACUU